UUCAAAGCUUUGAAGAAAAAUUGAGAUUGGAGAGAUCUGUCGUUCUUUGGUUGUUUAGGGCAAACUCUUUGCUUUGACUUGGUGAGUUUUCCUAUUGAUUUGGGCGAUUCCAGUUUUGUAGUUUUCUGAUUUGAUGGUUCAGGCGACGAAAAGCGGCGAGUUGCAGAGAGGGGAAAUGGCGGCAGUGAAGAGGGAACUUGAAGACCCUUUGGAAGAAGAAUAUGGCCCUCUUAAUAAGCGAUCCAAACACUCUUCUUCGCUUCAACAGGGAACUGGGGAAGUGGGUGGCUUUCCAGUGGCACCGCCGGCUCAGUAUAACCCAUUAGACGAGCCGAGUCCAUUGGGAUUGAGGCUGAGGAAAAGUCCUUCCCUUUUGGAAUUGAUCCAAAUGAGGCUUUCUCAAGCUAAUUCACCUAAGGGUGCAAGUUCCAGUAAAAAAGAGCUUAAAGGGGCCGCUGCUUCUGGUUCCUCUGAGAAGCUCAAGGCCUCAAAUUUUCCAGCAACGAUUCUGCGAAUUGGGACCUGGGAGUAUAAGUCAAGAUAUGAAGGGGAUUUGGUAGCAAAGUGUUAUUUUGCAAAGCAUAAGCUUGUAUGGGAGGUUCUUGAUGGCGGGCUCAAGAAUAAGAUUGAAAUUCAAUGGUCUGAUAUAAUGGCUUUGAAGGGGAAUUAUCCUGAUGAUGGACCGGGGACUUUGGAUGUAGUGCUUGCAAGACAACCUCUUUUCUUUAGGGAGACAAAUCCACAGCCUAGGAAGCAUACCCUGUGGCAGGCAACAUCUGAUUUUACUGGGGGUCAGGCCAGCAUACAAAGGCGUCAUUUUCUGCAGUGUCCACAAGGCUUGUUGGGAAAGCAUUUCGAAAAGCUUAUUCAAUGUGAUCCUCGUCUUAACUUCCUGAGUAAACAAGGAGAGAUAACGUUGGAUUCUCCAUAUUUUGAACCCAGAAUCUCUGUGUUUGAUGACCCAAGUGAAAACAAAGCUGCAUUUGAUUUGAACAAUCAUGAGAGUCCCACUUUCUUCAACCUGAGGGAUGCAGCAUCACCAUCAGGUGGUCAAUCAUCUUCUUCGAGGAAUGAACAAGACACUGUUAGUAGACCUCGAGAAUCUAUUAGACAUGAAACACCAUCACCCAGCUCAGUAAUGGAUACGCAUGUAAUUGAAGAAAUAAAAAAUAGUGGAGGAGAGCAAUGGAAGGAACUUAGCAGCUGGCAUCAGAUCAGAGUACCGGGGUUGCAUUCUUCUAUGUCUAUGAGUGAUCUUGUGAGCCAUCUUGAAAAUCGGAUAUCAGAGCAGAGGACAUCUGACAAUUUCAUCCUCUCAAGUGACGAACGACAAGGGCUGGAGAUCCUGGAAGAAAUUAACCGAUGUUUGUUUAGUGACUCUCAAUACGUGCCAGCUUCUGAUGAAAAGUCUCUCAUGUCAAGGGUCAAUUCUCUGUGCUGUCUUCUGCAGAAAGACCCUAUGACAGGCCAAAUAUUGCCAUCUAAAAGUGAGAGCAUUUCUGAUGUGUUGGUGAUGGAUAAGAGAAUAGAUGAUUCAAGCUUUACUUUACAGGCCAGUGGAAGCAACAUCGAUGAAAAGUCUGCCGUAGCUGAGGGGGAAAUGGAAGAUAUCUUAGGGUGCAAGCAGCCUCCUCCUAUGUCUAGAAAGGACUCUGUUGGGGACUUGCUGCUAAAUCUUCCAAGGAUAGCAUCUCUGCCUCAGUUCUUAUUCAACAUCUCAGAAGAUGUUGACAAUCAAGCUCGGUAGCAUGUGUCCUUCGGGUCUACCAGUGAAGUUCCUUGCCCAGAAACCUGUACAUAUACAUACGUUAGGGUCUUUUGCUGCAAUUUGCAUACCGUGGUGGAUUCGGAGAUUCUCAUUGAUGAAGAAUCCUAAAUGUUUUUCUUUUUGUGUUAUGCUUGUUGGGUUGUAGAUUUGGUAUUGGGUGUAGCUGAUAUCACAUUAUCUAAGUGGAAAGUGGAAAAUGUGCAGUUUUAUCUUAUCGAAGAACAUCUCUAGUAUACAUAUGAA